CACCCACCUGUUGCUGUGCCGGGGGAAACGCCUCCUUGCUGCCGCCUUCACUCUCUGCUCAGCAGCCUGUGUCUGUCCUGCCUCGGCUCGUCCCACAAGAAGCAAUGUCUGCGAACAAGGUGGUAGUUUACGGCGGAAGAGGAGCGCUGGGCUCCAAGUGUGUCCAGCAUUUCAAGUCCAAAGGAUGGUGGGUCGCCAGCAUUGACUUGGCUGCCAACGAGGAAGCGAACGAGAACGUGAUUGUCAAGUUGACAGACUCCUUCUGCGAGCAGGCCGGUCAGGUCACAACAGACAUCGGCCAGCUGCUCGGGGAGCAGAAAGUUGACGCCAUUCUGUGUGUGGCGGGUGGAUGGGCAGGAGGAAACUGCAGUUCUAAAGAUUUGUACAAAAACUCAGAUCUGUUGUGGAAACAAAGCGUGUGGACCUCCACCAUCUCCAGCCACCUGGCAGCUCUGCACCUGAAACCAGGCGGUCUGUUGACUUUGGCAGGGGCCAAACCCGCUCUGUCAGGGACCGGAGGCAUGGUGGGGUAUGGGAUGGCCAAGGCCGCCGUGCACCAGCUGUGUCAAAGUCUGGCCACCAAAAACAGCGGGAUGCCUUCAGGGGCCGUGACGGUCGCCAUCUUGCCCGUUUCCUUGGAUACGCCCAUGAGCAGGAAGUCCAUGCCCGACGCCGACUUCGGCGCGUGGACACCGCUAGAGUACAUUACUGAAAUGUUCUUCAAGUGGGCCUCGGGCGCCGACAGGCCGGCGUCUGGAAGCCUGAUGCAGCUGCUCACCUCCGGAGGGGAAACCCGUGCCGUGGUUGCGCCGUAGAGGACGGCCGAGAGCGCCGCUGUGGCGACAGCAGCCCCAGGACGGCGAGGAGAUAGCAAUGACGGGGAUCAUGCAGGUGGUCAGGUGGGUGGGGGCAGGUACAUGGAGGACAACGGCGCCAUCUAGCUGUGAGUCAUAAAAACACAUUACCUUGUGACGUCCUUGUCAAAUAAAAUGAGCAAAAUGGGGUUUUGCUGUACUGGGCCACAACAUUAGGUACCCAAAUAAAAAUGUGCAUUUUCCAAAGUCA